CAUAGAGCGACCAGCUGGCGAGUAAACAGACUAGUUCCGCUGUCGCGAUGGAAUCAAACAAGGACGAAGCUGAACGGUGUAUAAAGAUUUCUAUAAGUGCGCUCAGUAAUAACCAACCAGACAAAGCUAAGAGGUUUCUAGAAAAGGCACAGCGUUUGUUUCCAACCGAUCAGGCCAAAAGUUUACUAGAGUCCAUCGAACAGAAUAGGAAACCACCGGAUGAAGAAGAGAGGCCUAUGAAUGGGGAUGGUUCUGGAGUGAGACAACGUAGCCAUGGAGACGAAGCCACAGACUCAGCCAAACCAUACACAUCAGAUCAGCUGGAUGCUGUUAAAAAAAUAAAGAGUUGUAAAGACUACUAUGAGAUUCUGGGAGUUGAAAAGGACGCCGGGGAGGAGGACCUGAAGAAGUCCUACAGGAAACUGGCCCUGAAAUUCCACCCUGAUAAAAACCAUGCUCCAGGAGCCACAGAGGCAUUUAAAGCCAUUGGCAAUGCAUACGCUGUACUCAGUAACACAGAGAAGCGGAGCCAGUAUGACCAGUAUGGUGAGGAGAGAGCUCACCCUACGAGACAACAGCACAGGCACCAGCGCCAUGACUUCGAAGCCGACAUCUCGCCCGAGGACCUCUUCAACAUGUUCUUUGGAGGAGGUUUCCCAUCACGUAAUGUACAUGUUUACAGAAACGGGGGAAUGCACUUUGGCCAUCAGCAUAGAGCAGGACCAGAGAGGCGAGAACAGCGGGAUGGAGGUUUUGCCCUGUUUGUCCAGCUGAUGCCCAUCCUCAUCCUAAUCUUCGUCUCCGCCCUCAGCCAGAUGAUGGUGACCCCUCCCCCCUACAGCCUUAGCCACCGCUCAGGUGCGGGCCACAUCAACCGGAGGCAGACACAGACCCUGAAGGUGUCUUACUACGUAGGAGCUAGCUUCACCAAGGAGUACUCUGGAAAAGACCUAAGGAAUGUGGAGAGGAGCGUGGAGGAAGACUACAUCUCCAACCUCCGGAACAACUGCUGGAAGGAGAAGCAACAGAAGGAAGGCUUGCUGUACCGUGCUCGUUAUUUCGGAGACUCUGACUUGUACCAAAGGGCUCAGCGGAUGGGUACGCCUAGCUGCUCACGACUGUCGGAGAUUCAGAUCAUGCUACAUGGAUAAGAACCCACAAACAAACAGAAUGAUUAUUUGGUACUUGAAUCGAAUGAGAAGAAAUCAAUAUACAACGCCCUAUUCAAGCCCACACAAAAAUUGGAGCAGCAAUUUGAGAGAAACUGCCUUAGAUCCAUAUGGUGGGUUGCAGACAGAUAAGGCCUGUCGGGGGGACCCCUCUCUGCACACUCCUGUGGUCAGUCUUAACUUCCUAUAGAACUGUGAAACAGACGGACAAGGUGAUAGCUGGUUUAAAUACAAAAACACUUCAAGGCUGGCAGAACUAGACGGGUGUCAAGUUUUUUUGAAAACGAGAGAUUAAAUUUAUUUUUGAAUGGUGCAUUGCCUUCAGAAAGUAUUAACACCCCUUGACUUUUCCACAUUUUGUUGUGUUACAGCCUGAAUUAAAAAUGUGUUAAAUAUUGAGUCAAUAAGUAUUC